UUUCAUGACGUCAUAGGGCCUUAUCCAGGAAGUGUGAAACAUCAACAAGCCUCCCAGACGAGGGUGAAGAGUCGCUUUAUAUACAGUUAAUUGUGUGAUUUAUUCUGCGGUUUCAUUUAUAGUUACCGCACUGUAACAGCGCAGAUAUGUCGGUGUUCGCUAAAUUAUUCGGGAGCAGCGGAGGAAAAGGAGGAAAGGGGGCGAGCCCGCAGGAGGCGAUUCAGAAACUCCGAGAGACAGAGGAGAUGCUAACGAAGAAACAGGAAUUUUUAGAGAAGAAGAUCGAACAGGAGCUGCAGAUCGCCAAAAGAAACGGCACGAAAAACAAAAGAGCGGCUCUGCAGGCAUUGAAACGAAAGAAGCGAUAUGAGAAACAGCUUGCCCAGAUUGAUGGCACGCUGUCCACCAUUGAGUUCCAGAGGGAGGCUUUGGAGAAUGCCAACACUAACACUGAAGUACUAAAGAACAUGGGCUAUGCCGCCAAGGCUAUGAAGGCCGCCCACGAAAACAUGGACAUUGAAAAGGUGGACGACCUGAUGCAGGACAUUACAGAGCAGCAGGAGCUGGCCCAGGAAAUCUCCGACGCCAUCUCCAAGCCUGUCGGUUUUGGAGAGGAAUUUGAUGAGGAUGAGCUGCUGGCAGAGUUGGAUGAGCUGGAACAGGAGGAGCUCGACAAAAACCUGCUGGAGAUCGGAGGAACAGAGAAUGUUCCCCUCCCCAAUGUGCCUUCUGCCCCGCUGCCCUCCAGACCCGCCAAGAAAGAGGAGGACGAGGACGACAUGGAGGACCUGCAGCGCUGGGCGAUGGAGGCCAUGUAAUGGCGUCUGCAGCCACAUCACACGUGCGUAACGGCAGAAAGGAGCAGCGGAGAUGAAUGGACUGCCAGGAUGUUGUGUCUGACUGUUGUGUGUCUGAAGAGAGCUGAACGUCUUCUUCACUUAACACUACAAAAUAAAAAAAAAUGCUGUAGUCUUAUUUUCCUCUUUCCCGUUCCACGACUCACUGUUCAGAUGCCCUUGUGUGCUCACUGAAAACAAGCACCCACACGAUUCAAACACCAUCGGUGCGUCUCAGUGAUGUCACUUUGUGUUUUUACUCUCUAAUGUAACACAAAAUGAGCACUUAGUGGGUCAUGUAGUGGGCGGGGCUAAGCCAGCAACCACCCCCACCCUGUGUUUUUGACUUUUGAUCUCUGCUCUGAAGUUUUUUUUCGUGGGAAAAGAAAACUUCACGAGCGCCUCUUCCCUAAAAUUCAUUUUUGUCUCGUGUGUUUAUGGCGUUUUGCUCGCUGGCUGUUUUUCUUCCUUUUUAUGUUUUUGACAGGAAAUGACAGUCCUUUGCCCUCCAUGUUUGUUAAUUCCUCUUGAAAAGAGGAAAACAGCUGAGCGUGUGCUGGGUGAAGAAACUUUGAGCUACGAACCUCUGUUUUAUUUUACUUACCAGACCAUGAUGUAAUUUGUCCUUUUCCUCCCAAUGCCAUUUUUCAGUGACUCCUCCCGAAACAUCCUCACCGGUGGUACUCGUUAUUUGGUGUAAAUAUCCGAAAUGUGUCUCACCCACUUCUAUAUUUCUGCCAUCACUGAGAGGUUCUCUUCAGGUUGUAUGAAGCAUGCAAAAACAUGACAUCGCAACGCACAGCAGGAGCAAGAAAGAUGUUUUGUCAACACCUGCAUCCUGCUUUAAGUCCUUGUAAUGGUUUUUGUUUCCAAUGAUGUAAAAAAAUGAAUAAUAAACAAUUGUCACUACUUGUUAAAUGCAUCCAGGAGACAAUGGCGGGUUAUAAAAUAUUGCCGUCAGUCUAUGGCAUUGUUUCGGAAGAAUUAAUUCCUUUAGUUUUUUUUCUUCAAACUCAUGCUGUACAUUUUUUACAUAGAAAUUAAAUAACACAAGUACAAAUGGACGCGCAUGUUGGCAUUUCUAUGUUUUAUUUAUCCAAGAUGAGAGUAUUAUUUGCAACGUCAUUAAAGAUUUCAAUUCUC